AUGAGUGGCGUCGUGAGCUUCAAGCUCGUCCUGCUGGGCGAGUCGUCGGUCGGUAAGUCGAGCAUUGCGCUUCGAUUUGUCAAAGACCAAUUUGAAGAUUACCGCGAAAGCACGAUUGGUGCUGCUUUUCUUACGCAGACGGUGAGUCGGGACGAUGGCACGACCAUUAAGCUAGAGAUCUGGGACACCGCUGGCCAAGAACGCUACAAGUCCCUUGCACCCAUGUACUACCGAAAUGCCCACUGCGCGCUCGUUGUCUAUGAUAUCACAGAACAGGACUCAUUUGAAAAUGCCAAGACCUGGAUUCGUGAACUGCAGCGUCACGCCGACGCUAACAUAACGAUCGCUCUCGUGGGAAACAAGCUGGACUUGGCUGACACGCGCCGGGCUGUACCAGAAGAGGAGGCCCGAAAGUACGCUGAAGCGGAGGGUCUCAUGUUUAUGGAGGCGUCGGCCAAGACGCCGACCAACGUGACGGAGCUGUUUACCGCCGUUGCGAACAAAUUGCCGCUCGACCGCGGCAUUGGUGCCAAGCGACCCGAGGCGCCUGCCGGUGGCGCACGCCCCAACGCUCCUGUCCAGCUGGGUGCACAGCCACGGCCUACGAACCAGGAUGCGUGUACUUGUUGA